CGGUUAGCGUAGGCGUGUCGCCUCACCAUACGCUUUUGUUGCCGCUUGCCUUCGUCUCCUCGAUGAGCGACGACAUCUGUACGAUGCCCGUCGCGUUUUUAUCCAGACCCGUCUACAAUCUGUACUGCGAACACUGCGAUGAGACCGUGUGUAUGCGUGGAAUGAGAGCGAUUUUGCUCGCAGACAGCUCUGUCGAGCUCUAUUCGACUGAUAUUCCACCGGCAAGGGGCGUGCAGCUUGUUGGCGACGACUACCCGACGAAGAACUGCGCUUGUUGUAUUAGGAAUAUCGCAUGUAUGGGAUGUGGUAAUGUGGUUGGUUAUCACGUGACACUGCCGUGCAAGCCAUGUCUCACUGCUCUCAACAAUGGUCACUUCUGGAUGUACAAUGCUGGCUGCGUGUGGGCAGAGGAACGACUGAACGAGGUCGAUAUGUCGAUACUAACCUGGGAAAAUCUGGGGCCUUCACAUGGUUAUGAGAGUCCAAAAACGACGACAAAUCGAAGUCUUGAGUGGGAAGUCGAAGGACAGAGAUGACUAUUAGAGAUUUUAUGAUUUUAGUUAAUUGAUGUGUAUAUAGAUACCGAGCUCGUAUUGGGUUGGAUGAAAGUCCUUGCUUUUACAUAUUGUUUAAUUAAUUAAUUAUGUACUAUGAAUCCGAUUUGCUUGAGUUUAUAUACAAGUAUUUCUCAUCCCAAAAGUGUUAUGUAACAAUCAA